UUGCAAGGUCCAAAUAUCAGAGAGACCUUUCUUUUCUUUUCUUUUUUUUAAUGCUUUUUCCUCCCUCAGUGGACAAGUCUGGCUGCUGCUUCUUCUGACUUCUGAAACAGAUUGCAAGGCAACUGGCAGUGGACAUGGCUGGUUGUCUGCAAAGUUUCCAAAUUCCCAAGUGGGCAUUUUUGAGAUGCCUGUUUGUAACUUUUUCCCUUAGCUCCUGUUUUGCUCCAGUGUUCUCCCAACAGUUUGAUUCAGCGCACCUCUAUUACCACAAGUCCAGGCCUAAUGAAGACAAUAUCAUCGUCGCUAACAAUGGGAUCAGAGUACCCUUUGGGAGGUCUGUGUUUCUGGACCCUGUGAAUGAUCUUGUGACUGAAGUGCAGCCGGGUGACCGCUGCCACAUCACGGUUCUGGACAAUGACCCACUAACUCAGAAACCUGGGAUGCUGACACCCAAAAGGUUCCCAUGUUCUUUUGGAGCAGAUGAAGUGAAAUACACGCAUUUUGGAUCUCGGAGCCCCAGUAAGGAUCGUGUGAAACUGCAGCUUCGUUAUGACUCCCAGACAGACACAGUCAUCAUCCCUUUCAUGCUAGAAGUGGAGGUAGUUUUUCAGCAACUUGAGAUUCUCACCAGGAAUAUGCCACUUAAUGUUGAGAAGCUCAGUGGGGACAGCAACCCCAUUGAUAAAAAAGCCCUGGAGUUUUCCUAUGAAGAUGGUGUCACGCAAUGUAAGAUAACCACUCUUGUCGGCGCUGGAGGUCUUCCCAGGUAUGGCACUCUUUUAAAUAGCCCCGUCAAUGGCCAAAUGAUUGAUUGUGAUGAAUUUGUAAAUAUGGGCAUUCGCUACAAACACACUGCUAAAACCAGUUCACCGAACAGAGACUAUAUUCCAAUGAUGGUUGAGAUCCAGGAUAAUGACGGCAACACAAUAAUGCAGGAGCAUUUCCAAAUGAUGGUUAGAAUCAAAGACGGUGCUGAGAAUACCAUUCCCAAACCCAGCUUUGUAGCCAUGAUGAUGAUGGAAGUUGAUCAGUUUGUGAUGACAGCUAUUACAAGUGACAUGCUGGCUGCUGAAGAUGUUGAAUCUGACCCAGAUGAUCUGAUCUUCAAUAUUACUUCACCAAUGAGCCCUCAGCAGGGUUAUAUUAUCAGCACAGAUGAUCAGAACCUUCCUAUCACCUCCUUCUAUCAGCGGGACAUCAAAGACCUGAAAAUAGCCUACAAACCACCCUCAGAGGACUCAGAACAGGAAAGAAUUUUCCAACUGGAAUUUGAAAUUGUAGAUACUGAUGGUUCAGUGUCUGAUCCAUUCGCUUUUAUGAUUGUGGUGAAGCCUAUGAAUACCUUGGCUCCAGUUGCAACCAAAAAUACAGGGCAGCUAUUGUUUGAAGGGCAGUCCAGACCUCUCUCCAGUUCACAGAAUUUAGAAAUAAGCGAUGAAGAUAACCUGGAAGAUGUCAGAAUCACAGUUGUUGAUGGUUUAAAACAUGGGGACCUUACUGUGCUCGGCACACGUAGAAAAUUCUUUACACCUAUGGAUCUAGACGCUGGCAUUGUUGUGUACCAGCAUGAUGGCAGUGACACCUACAGUGACAACAUCAUCUUCAGAAUGACUGACGGGAGCAAUGAAGUUGAAUUUUUGUUCCCCAUCACUAUCGCCCCCACUGAUGAUGAGCCCCCGAUUAUUAAUGCCAACACCGGCCUGGCGCUUUUCAAAAAUGAAAUAAUGCAGAUCUCUCCCUUCAUCCUAAGUGCUUCAGAUAUUGACUCAGAGGACUCCACUAUUAAGUUUAUCUUGGAAGCACCAUAUUCCACGGUAGGGGAGCUUGUGCUGAGGCAAGUAGAGCCACCUACUGACCCAACUCAGUGGAAUUUCAGUGAGACAGAUGAGAUGUUUGAGCAGGUGGUAACUGAAUGGUUUCAGCAGGAUAUUCUUGAUGGAAAGCUCUUCUAUCGUCACAUCGGACCCCAUAGCAUCACCACGGUGAUCGAUCAGUUCAUAUUCCGCGUCCAGGAUGACAACGACCCUCCUAAUCAAUCAGGGGAACACAUGUUCACCAUUAAAAUCCAUCCUGUUGAUGACCUCCCCCCAGAGCUUUUCCCAGGCACCACCCUUCAUAUGACUGUCCAGGAAUAUGAGCUGACUUACUUUAGAAAGAAAUUCUUGUGUUAUACUGAUCUAGAUUCGGAUGACAGAGACCUGAAAUAUACCAUCACUACACCGCCAACUGAUACAGAUGAGAACAAUCCAGCUCCCUUGGGUGAAAUUGUACUGACUGACAACCCUGACACUGUAAUUACAGAGUUCACACAAGCCCAGGUUAAUCAUCACAAAGUAGCUUACAAGCCUCCAGACCAGGAACUGGGCAUCACUCCAAAAGUGGCUCAGUUUACAUUCAUUGUGGAAGACACAGCUGGUAACACAGCAGAUGGACUAUUCACCAUUUUUCUACAGCCAGUAGACAACAAACCCCCAAUUAUCACUAACACGGGGUUCACCAUUAUGGAAAGAAGUACAUUUGUCAUCACCAGGAAACAGCUUGAUGCCACUGACAUGGACACAGAGGAUGAAAAUAUAAUAUUCACUGUGACACAGAGUCCUCUAUAUGGACAGUUACAGUAUUUAGGAAUUGACAUGUCAAAUGGUGAAACUUUUGUGCUGGAAGACAUUACAAACGGCCAUCUAACUUAUAUCCACGGAGGCGAGGAAUCCCUUGGCGAUGUCAUUAAAAUUGAUGUGAGUGAUGGUUUCCAUGAGCUACCAAUUACCAUCAGGAUCACCAUUGAGCCGGUUGAUGAUGAAACCCCUACAAUUAUGCUCCCAGAAGGCGUGCUCGGGACUUCCAUUGAUGUGCUGGAGAAUGGUGCAACAGAAAUUACAAGCAAUAUCAUUCAGGGUCGAGAUGAAGACACAGAUGAUCUCAUGCUCACUUUUAUUAUUGAAGAUCCUCCCACUUUGGGUGAAAUCCAGGUAAAUGGUGCUCCUGCUGAGAGAUUCACCCAGGAAGACAUAAUCAGUGGAAUGGUGGUGUAUGUUCACACGUCUGGUGAAAUUGGUCCAGUUAAAAAACAUGACUCCUUCAACAUAACUCUGUCUGAUAUGUCCGAUCAGUGGGUGGUUGGUGGCAACAAGGUCCAAGGUGUAACAGUUCAUGUCACCAUCCUUCCUGUUGACAGUAUUCCACCUGUUGUGAGUGUUGGACAACAGUUUAUUGUAGUUGAGGGUGAGAAGAAUGUUAUUGCUCUUGCUCAGAUUCAAGCUGAGGAUGUUGACACCGACAAUGACGAUAUCCUGUGCACCAUCAUUGUCCAGCCAACAUCUGGCUACGUAGAGAACAUCUCCCCAGCCACGGGUUCUGAGAAGUCAAGAGCUGGGACAGCUAUAACAGCUUUUACCAUUAAAGAUGUUGCCCUUGGUCAUAUCUACUAUGUCCAAAGCAUCCAUAAAGGGGUUGAACCUGUGGAGGAUCGUUUGACUUUCCGCUGUUCAGAUGGUAUAAACUUCUCUGAGCGCCAUUUUCUCCCCAUAGUCAUAAUUCCUACCAAUGAUGAAAAGCCUGAGAUUUUCAUACGCGAGUUUGUGGUGAUGGAGGGCAUGAGUCUUGUUAUUGACACACCAAUUCUGAAUGCGGCUGAUGCUGACAUCCCUGGAGACGAACUGCACUUUGAGAUUGUCAAAAACCCAAAGCAUGGUCAAAUAGUUCAGCAGCUCAGCACUGGAAGCAUCCCUGUGGAGAAGUUCAGCUUGGAGCAGAUCAAAGAAGCAUCCAAUAUUGUCUAUGAGCAUGAUGAUUCUGAGACUAAAGAAGACAGUUUUGAAGUCAGGCUAACUGACGGGAUACACAAUGUUGAAAAAACAGUACUCAUCAUGGUUAUUCCUGUUGAUGAUGAGACACCAAGAAUGACUAUAAAUGAUGGUCUUGAUGUAGAGAUUGGAGAGACAAAAGUAAUCAGUAACAGGGUUUUAAAGGCAACAGAUCUUGAUUCGGAGGACAAAGAACUAACAUAUAUUGUACGAUAUGGACCUGGCCAAGGCUACCUGCAGCGUAUCAGCAAAUUUGGUGAUGUUUUGGGCAAUAUAACCCUGGGAAUGAAUUUCACACAAAAUGAAAUUGACAAACAACUCAUUCAGUAUGUGCAUACCGGCCAGGAGGGCAUUCGUGACCUGCUGAAAUUUGAUGUCACAGAUGGCAUCAAUCCACUCAUUGACCGUUACUUUUACAUCAACAUUGGAAGCAUUGACAUGGUUUUUCCUGAUGUUAUCAACAAAGGUGUGACACUCAAAGAAGGCGGAAAAGUAACUUUGACUACUGACCUUCUGAGCACCUCUGACAUCAACAGUCCUGACGAAUACCUGAGCUUUAGCAUCACAAGAGCUCCUAGUAGAGGGCAUUUGGAGUGUAGUGACUACCCAGGGGUGCCCAUUUCCACCUUCACCCAACUUCAACUUGCGGGCAACAAGAUCUACUACAUCCACACCUCAGAUGAUGAGAUGAAAAUGGAUAGCUUUGAGUUUGAGGUAACUGACGGCUACAAUCCUGUCUUCCGAACCUUCAGAGUGUCCAUCACUGAUGUAGAUAAUAAAAAACCUGUCUUGGCAGUGCAAAAGCUGAUUGUAGAGGAGGGAGAAACAAAGCUCAUUACACCAUUUGAGCUGACCGUUGAGGAUCGGGACACAGCUGACAACAUGCUUCGAUUCAUGGUUACGCAGGUACCAGUGCACGGCCAGCUGCUUUUCAACAACACCCUACCAAUCACAACUUUUACCAAGCAGGACUUGAACGAAAAUCUAAUCAGCUAUAGGCAUGAUGGCACUGAGACCAACGAUGACAGCUUCUCCUUCACCGUCACAGACGGCACUCAUACAGACUUUUACGUCUUCCCGGAUACUGUGUAUGAGACACGCAAACCUCAAAUGAUGACCAUUCACAUCAAUACAGUGGACAACGGUGUGCCCCAGAUUGUUGUUAACAAAGUUGCUCCCUCACUGAAAGUCCUCCAAACAGGACACCUUGGCUUUGUGGUCACCAGCAAAGUCCUCCGUUCAGAGGACAGAGACAGUCCACAGAAGGUCUUGAAGUACACAGUGACUGAGGCUCCUCUGCAUGGCUUCAUCAUAAACAUGGCGCUGGGCAAUGAUAGCAUCAAGACCUUCACGCAAGCUGACAUCAAUGACAUGAAGAUCUGUUACGUGCUGUUGGAUGGAAGCAAUGCGACAAGUGAUAUCUUCUAUUUCACGGUUGAAGACAACGGUGGAAAUAAACUCAGACCUCAGCCAUUCCGGCUCAACUGGUCCUGGAUCUCACUGGAGCGGGAAUUCUACUUGGUGGAUGAAGACGCCAAGUUCUUGGAGGUGACGCUGAGACGCCGAGGCUACUUGGGGGAAACCUCCUUUGUCAGCAUUGCAACGAAGGACGGUACAGCGAAGCAUGACAAGGACUUCAGAGGUAAAGCCCAGAAGCAGGUCCAGUUCAACCCAGGCCAGACGACGGCAACCUGGAGGGUGAAGAUCUUCACAGACCAGGAGUUUGAGACCUCAGAGACGUUUGAGAUUCAGCUGUCAGACCCGGUCAUGGCGCUGCUGGAGUUUCCUGAUGUUGCAACAGUGGAGAUUGUGGAUCCUGGAGAUGAGUCGAGCGUCUUCAUUCCUCAAGCAGAAUUCAAGAUAGAGGAGGAUAUUGGAGAGCUGUUAGUGCCUGUCAGACGUUCAGGGGAUGCUAGCCAGGAGCUUAUGGUAGUUUGUUACACACAGCAAGGCACAGCCACUGGCACCAUACCCUCCACUGUGCUGUCCUACUCUGACUACAUCACCCGGCCUGAGGACCACACCAGCGUACUGCGUUUCCUUAAGGACGAGCGGGAGAAACUCUGCCGCAUCAUUAUCAUCGACGACUCCCUGUAUGAGGAAGAGGAGAGCUUCAACGUCAGCCUCAGCAUGCCGAUGGGUGGCCAGGUGGCCGCCAGCUUCCCCUCGGCCAAAGUCACCAUUUUGGCAGACAGUGAUGAUGAACCUUCAUUAUACUUUGGGGAAAUUGAGUACAUUGUGGAGGAAAGUGCAGGCUACGUCGAAGUAAAGGUCUGGAGGACAGGCACCGACCUGUCCAAGACCGCUACGGUCACGGUCCGCUCCAGGAAGAGCGAGCCUGUUUCUGCAGAAGCUGGAAUCGACUACGUGGGUAUUAGCCGCAACCUGGACUUUGCACCUGGAGUGACGAUGCAGACGUUCAGGGUGACUAUCCUGGAUGACCUGGGCCAGCCGGAGCUGGAAGGACCUGAGACCUUUGAUCUUGUGCUGAGGAUGCCCAUGAACGCUGUGUUAGGAGAGCCGAGCAAGACCACCAUCACCAUCAAUGAUACUGUCACUGACUUGCCAAAGGUUCAGUUUAAAGAAGGAAGCUACAAGGUGGAUGAGUCGGAUGGAGAAGUAAGCGUCACAGUGUACCGCAGCGGUGACAUCAGCCUCAGAUCCACGGUGCGUUGCUACACCCGCCAGGGCUCGGCUCAGGUCAUGAUGGACUACAGCGAGAGGCCCAAUACUGAUGCGUCACUCAUCACUUUUCUUCCGGGUGAGUCUGAGAAGCCGUGUGUGGUGAGCCUGAUGGACGACGUCGUCCACGAGGAGGAUGAGGAGUUCCGUCUGGUGCUGGGAAAUCCCAAGAGCAAGUCUCCGUAUGGAGCUGCUCUCGGGGAGCAGAAGGAAGCGCUGAUCACUGUCACGGAUGAGAAAGAUAAGCCCAUCAUCCGUUUCUCCGAAAUCAAGUAUAGCGUGCGUGAGCCCCAGGUAAAGGGGGAUGUAGCAAUCGUCAAGAUCCCCAUUCUGCGUCUUGGAGACACCUCAAAGGUCUCGUUGGUGAGAGUGCACACAAAGGAUGGCUCUGCGACCUCCGGAGAGGACUAUAACCCACUGUCAGAAGAUGUGGAAUUCAAGGAAGGGGAGAAGGAGCAUUUUGUGGAGAUCGAGAUCCUGUAUGACGGUCAGAGAGAGAUGAGGGAGGCCUUCAUUGUGCACAUGAAGCCUGACGACAACAUGGUGGCUGAAAUACAGAUGAACAAAGCCAUGGUGUACAUUGAGGAGAUGGACAGCGUAGCAGACGUUACCUUCCCUGCAGUUCCCCAGGUGGUGUCUCUGCUCAUGUAUGAUGACACAGCUAAAAGCAAAGACAGGCCUCACCCUCCCAAUGGAUACCCUGUUGUGUGUGUGACGGCCUGCAAUCCGAAGUACCAUGACUUCGAUAAAACAGGCUCUAUCUGCUCUGCGGAGAACAUCAACGACACUCUCACGCAGUACCGCUGGCUGGUCAGCGCUCCCACCGGACCAGACGGCGUGACCAGCCCCAUGAGGGAGGUGGACACUAACACCUUCUUCACCAACACCAAGUCUGUCACCUUGGAUUCAAUCUACUUCCAAGCUGGUUCCAGGGUUCAGUGUGCGGCGAGAGCCUUCAACACCAACGGAGACUCUGGCCUGGAACUGUCCAGUUCCAUCGUUGUGAUCAGUAAAGAGGAAGGUAUGUGUCAGCCUCGCAUCCCAGGAACUGUCGGAGCGGAGCCUUUCUCUGCUAAGAUCCGCUACACAGGCCCAGAUGAUCCAGACUUCCCUAACCUCAUCAAACUGAGCAUCAACAUGCCACACAUGGAUGGAAUGCUGCCAGUGAUCUCAACGAGACCUCUCUCCAACUUUGAGCUGACCCUGAGCCCAGACGGGACCCGUGUGGGCAACCACCGCUGCUCCAACCUGCUGGACUUCAAUGAGAUCCAAACCGGCCACGGCUUCAUUACCGAUGCAACGAAGAACCCUGAAAUCAUCGGGGAGACGUCACCCUACCAAUAUAGCACUUUCAUGCGCUCCACCAACUCCCUCCGCUUCUACAGGAACCUGAAUUUGGAGGCCUGCCUCUGGGAGUUCACCAGUUACUACGACAUGUCAGAGCUCCUGAAUGAUUGCGGAGGCUCCAUAGGCACGGACGGACAGGUGCUCAACCUGGUCCAGUCCUACGUCACCCUGCGUGUCCCUUUGUUCGUGUCCUACGUCUUCCACUCUCCUGUGGCUGUUGGAGGAUGGCAGCACUUUGACCUGCAGUCAGAGCUCAAGCUCACCUUUGUAUACGAUACGGCUAUAUUGUGGCAGGAGGGCAUUGGCAGUCCACCUGAAGCCGAACUACAAGGAGCCAUGUACCCGACCAGCAUGCGCAUAAAUGAGGAGGGGCGUCUAGUGGUCAACUUCAAAACUGAAGCCCGUUUCAGGGGACAGUUUGUUAUGUCUCAUUCAGGAACCAGCGUGUCAUCCAUGGUGAUGUGUGCUGAACAUCCUGGGCUGACGUUUACGCUCGCCUUGGUCAGGACGGAGCCGACGUACAACCAGCCCAUGCAGCAGUGGAGCUUCGUCUCGGACUUUGCCGUGCGGGACUACUCUGGGACAUACACGGUGAAACUGGUGCCCUGCAUGGCAUCACCAAAUGGAGAGUUCAGCAUCCCUCCCGUCUGCCACCCACGAGAGCCACUAACCUUUGACAUGGACAUUCGCUUCCAGCAGGUGAGUGACCCAGUGGCCGCUGAGUUCAGUCUCAACACUCAGAUGUUUCUGCUGUCCAAGAAAGAGUUGUGGCUAUCUGAUGGCUCCAUGGGCUUUGGAGAAGGAACUGAUGCUGCUUUUUCAGAAGGUUCAAUGAUUUAUGGCCGUGUGAUGGUGGACCCAGUCCAGAACCUGGGCGACUCCUUCUCCUGCAGCAUUGAGAAGGUGUUCCUCUGUACCGGAGCAGAUGGUUACGUCCCCAAAUACAACCCUACUAAUAAGGAGUACGGCUGCCUGGCUGAUGCUCCCUCUCUGCUUUACAGAUUCAAAAUCUUGGACAAAGCCCAGCCAGAUACCCAAGCUUCAGCAUUUGGUGAAGUUGCUUUUAAGGCCACAUUGGCUCAGGACACCCCUGGAGCAUUUUCUUUAGUCAUGCAACCAGGCUCGGAUGGCUUCACGUUAUCUUCCUCCCCACUCUUCCAGGUGGCUGCAGGUCGGGAAUGGUUCAUGCACACCAUCUACACUGUCCGCUCCAGAGAAAAUGCCAACCGCAACAUUGGCAAGCGUAGCCUGGAGUAUCUCCAUCACAGCAUCUCCUCUGUUGAGCAUCCUCAAACCUCCAACGCAGCCACUCGCCACCGCCGUGCUGCCUCUGCCUCCUCCGGUCAGGCUGCUGGCCAGGACAUUGGCACUGAAAACAACCGGGGAACCAAUAUCCAGCACAUUGCUCUGGACCGGACAGACCGCCUUGUGAUCAGCCAAAGGCAGCCCUGGUCCCCUAAUCACGACGCCUACCUAGAGCACCCUCUCCUGGAGAGUUCAAGCAGAGAGCCCGCCGACACCUCCUACCUACCCAUGUUUGUGGGCGUCGCAGGCCUCAUCAUCCUCAUCUCUGUCAUCGCCAUUAUUGUCAUCCUGCUGCUCCGGCGCAAGAGGAGAGAAAAGAAAGCUCAGUUCCCUCCGUACACCUCCUCCUCUUCUUCCGCCUACAACGGCUACAGCCAUGGCCCUGCGGGCACGUGGAGCAGUCCAGACAGCACUGAGGUCUAAAGGUGGAAACUGCUCCAUCACAAACAUCUGCCCUUCUCUAAAAGACUGUAAUAGUCUCCUCCACCACUGUGCCUUAGAUUCCUACGUGUGUAGCACUGAAUAGAGAGCUCUCUGCAACCUACGGACGGUGUGAGAUGUAGUGCUCGGAGUCUACAUGCAGAGAUGCAUCAGUCUCGAGGCAAUUUCUGACGACGGUUAGUUUUCACAAUACUGUAAUGUAUGUUUGAGCCUUGAUUUCAGAAUAAUGAAAAUAUGUAGAAGCCCCUUUGAAAUGAUAAUCGCCUCUUUAAUUGGUUGCCCAGGUGUAAGAUAUUGCAAUUCAUUUGGUCUUUUCAAAUGCGUGCGGUAAAGGAAAUAUGACUAAUUCUGAAGCAAAUGGUAACUGUUUCUCUGAAGAAAAUUUACAUGCUUAUCCUUUAAAAAUGUUUUUUUUUUUGUAUUACACUGAUUCAUGCCAUUCAUUAUUUUAUAGAGUAGAAGGAAAACUGGACUGAAUGUUAGAUGAAAUUGACCUGAAUGAAUGAAAAUGUUUUUAGGUAUUUUUCUGUUGCGCUUUCAAAAGCCUGAGGUACAUCUGUCCACCGCUGAUGACAGUGCCACUAGUUAUUAAAAAGGGAUUGUACAUGCCAUUUUAGCCUUUUGACAAUGCAGAAACCCCGCUUUUUUUUUUUUUUUUUUUAAAUUGUGUUUGACAGAAAUGUAGCUUAAUUCUGAUGCAAGUUUGUGUACAUAUCACAGCAGGACUGACAAAAAAGGUAUUACUACACCCUGGUGACACUUGAAAAAUUGAUGAACCAAUGUCUUUCUGGUUUGCUCAUCACUCCUAAAAAGAAACAUUUUUCUUCUACAGCUGAAAAUAUUUGUAACAAAUUGCUAGAAGACCUUUAUGGCUUUUCUUUUUUUGUGACAACUUUAAAGAUUUGGAUGCAAGAAAAAGUUUGGCUGCCAAAUAUAAAAGUCAUUUUUGAUUGAGUCUCUUUUUAACCAGACGUUUUUUUGUUUUUUUAAUUAUAAAAAGGGGAGGUUUAUUUGUGAUGUUCAAAAGGACAAUAUCUACCUCACGUAAGAAGAUGAAACAACAAACCUCUUUUUAAAAAUAAAAAAGGUACAUAUGAUCACGCAAUGGAAUGCAGUACAACCUGACAGGUAUAAAUACAAUUAUUUCAGUUAAUAACUAGUAAGAAAAAAAAGGGCUAACAAACAAAAAACUACAUCAGCACAGCUGCAGUGUCUAGGUAGGUGACAACACAGGCUCUUAAGGGAGCGCUUUCUAGUAAAAAAAAAAACAACCCCAACACAAAAAGAUCAGUCCAUCAGGAACUUUACGAAGUACACCAUCACAGACCGCAGAGAAAUACACGCUACGACUAAAGGUACUGGAGCUGGCUGCCGCUUUCAAAUUCUCACAGUGCAGGUUGUAAGUUGCUUUACAAUUUCAGCUUUUUUCUGCGACCCCGACCAUCUGGAGUUCCUUCUGCCUUUCGUUUCUGCGCCUAAAAAAAAAAAACAA